AUGCCGGCGUCCUGUCGGCUCACGAGACAAAAUAAUUGUAUAUGAUGUCAUAAAAUGGGAAGGUCAUCAUCGAGAUUAGGACUAUUUUUGGCGGUGAGCAAAAAAUGUACUUUGAAGUUUUUGGAGAUCAAAAAAAAAAAUUAAAACAUCGUGGGAUUUUUUUCAAACAAAAACAACAAUCAAAAUUUUUCAAGAUUCUGAAUUUUUCAAAAUUCAGAAACACAGCUGCCAAAAAUUUGAUUCUGAAAAAAGGCUUCGGUCCAAAUCCAGGUCUCUCGAGUUGGAAUUUGUUUAUCUGAUCUUGAAAAUUGAAAAAAAAUCUUGGUUUUGAAUUUUGAACAUGGAUCUGAAGCUUCUGGUAAUUCGGAAUUCGGCAGUUUCAAAUUAUAUUUUUCCAUGGUUACUGUAAAUUAACAAUCGCCCACAAAACUCCGUGACUCAUAAAAUAAAAAUAUUUUUAUGUGAUUUGAUUAAUGUUACUAUAAAUUUCCCAAAAAUUAUUCCGAUUCACAUUCUCAUUGAAAAUGUUUAUUUUCCUUCCCUUUUUUAGUUUUCGCAGCAAUUUCCUGUGCCCCGGUAAGAUUAUUUUCUCACAAUCAACGUUAGAUAGGAUUUAUUCCGAAUCUGAAGCAUGAAACAUUGUUGCAGGUGUCAUUCGAAAGCCCGCAAAACUUUUUCAAUCAUUUGGAUAUUUCAAAAAUCGACGAUUCCGCAAAAAUCAAAUUUUGCAAUAAAGAAGAGAUUGGCAAAAAUUCGGGAGAUGUUCACAAUCUUUUCGAGAAAUCCUACAAUGUUAUUCUUUCUGAUGGAAAAACUUCAGGAACUGUUGAGAUUCUCGAUUCUUCAGAAGUUUUCUAUUUCAAACUUUCGGAUGAUGGAAAAGUUUGUUGUUUUUUUGAAAUCUCCUCCAAAAUCCAACUUUUUUUCUUCAGAAUCUUGUUCAACUUUUGGCAAUGUGUUAA